AUGGCUCAACAAAAAUCAAACAAACCAAUGCUGGAUCGUCCACGAGCUCCCAAGAAACCUCUUGUUUUACCGACGCCUGAAGACGAUCGCCGUAGACAACAACAACAACAACAACCACUUUUAACUCCAGAUAGCCAUGGUGAUGAUCCAUUUGCAGGCAUGAAUUCCUCCAUCAAUUAUCAACAAGAAAUCGAACGACUCAAGGCUCUUGUACCCAAGGUGGAUGGAGGUGCAGUUGGCGUCAUUGGUGGAAUGCCAGGUAGUACAAAUGUUGUUGCCGGUUCUAGAAAACGCACCUCGCCAAGGCCAAAGAGCUACGACCAAAAAACAACCAAUAUUCGACGAUCACCACCUACAACAACUACUCGACCCAUGUCAGCAACACCUGCUCCUCGAUCUAUUGUACCACCGCCAUCCUCCUCCACUACUGUCACUAGCCCUGUUCCAACACCUCGCUCUAUCACACCUCCAAAGGAUGAUCCAAUGGUCAUUACCGAAGAAGAGAAAUUACGUUUCCUCCAAUUCAUGCGCAAUUGGACUGGAAGUUGGAAGGCUUGGGAUGAUAAUAUCACUACUCAUUAUGGAGGAAGUAUGGAUGAUGGGUAUUCCUUGUGGGCUAGACAAAUGCCUUGGACUCAUAAUCAUACUUGGCAAGAACCAGCUUAA